GCAAAGAAAAAAUCAGACGGAAAUGGCUGAAACUGCUUUUGAUAAACUAUUGCGGAGUUUUAAUCGCCUAAUUUCUCGGUAUGGAUCUUUUUGUGGAGGUCCGCAACAUCACAGGGAUCUAAAACUCCUGAGGACCUUCGUCAACAAAUUAGUUGAGAAAAACCACGAACAGAAUGAAGUGAAAAUUCUGGCGAACUCCAUUAAUGAUGCGAACCAGAAAAUAGCCAAUGCCUUCAUAUCAUUUCAGCGCUGUCAAACUGGCACUUACGAAACUCUCCCCAGCAUCAUAGAAGAUGUUACGGUUAUCUCAACAGUGGUGCAGAAAAUUUGUAUCAAAUUGCCUGAUAUCAUAUGUUCUCCAAGAGCUGACACGAUAGUAGUUGAGGAUGAAACUGUGGUGACCUUGCAAUUUGGAAGUUCAUCGACAACAGGUCCCGAGGAAGAAACGGUGGUGGGCUUUGAUGAGGAUGCCGUGAGGGUAGUGCAGCGGCUUACCGGAGGAGAGGAGUUGGAAGAGUUCUCAAUUGUCGGCAUGCCCGGAAGUGGUAAGACAACUCUGGCCAGAAAGGUGUACAAUGAUCCUUCUAUUACAUCUCACUGUUGGGAUUUCUCACGAUUUAAAUUCACUAACAAACACACACAAUCGAAGAACAAAUCAAGAAUAUAA